AGUGUUUUGUAAACUUCGGGUAGCCGUGCCCUGGGAUUUUGGGGCUCCCUCCUGUUCCAACUUGAGCUGUCCGUGCAUCCAGGAAACCCGGGAUUACAGCAGUGAGGGGGCCACGGGUCGAGAAACUUACGGAUGUCCAAAGAUGACUGAGAUCGAGCAGGCGGAGGCCCAGCUCUCUGAGUUAGACCUGCUGGCCAGUAUGUUCCCUGGGGAGAAUGAGUUCAUAGUAAAUGACCAGCUGGCUUUAGCAGAACUGAAAGAUUGUAUUGAAAAGAGGACAAUGGAGGGGCGAUCUUCAAAAGUCUACUUUACUAUCAAUAUGAACCUGGACGUAUCUGAGGAAGCAAUGGUGAUGUUUUCUCUGGCCUGUAUUCUUCCCUUUAAAUAUCCUGCAGUUCUGCCUGAAAUUACUGUCAGAUCAGUAGUAUUAAGUAGAACCGAGCAGACUCAGCUGAACACAGAUCUGACCACGUACCUGCAAAAGAAUUGCCAUGGAGAUGUCUGUAUAUUGAAUGCCACAGAGUGGGUUAGAGAGCACGCUUCUCACUAUGUCAGCAGAGAUGCCCCAUCUGCCAUCACCACAGCAAGUCCAGUCCUGUCAGUCGAUCUCAUUCUCACAAGACUCUGGAUCUAUAGCCAUCAUAUCUACAACAAAUGCAAAAGAAAGAAUAUUCUAGAGUGGGCGAGGGAGCUUUCCCUGUCUGGGUUUAGCAUGCCUGGGAAACCUGGUAUUGUUUGUGUGGAAGGCCCACAAAGUGCCUGUGAAGAAUUCUGGUCAAGACUCAGAAAAUUAAACUGGAAGAGAAUUUUAAUUCGCCAUCGAGAAGACAUUCCUUUUGAUGGUACAAAUAAUGAAAUGGAAAAACAAAGGAAAUUUUCCAGUUUUGAAGAAAAAGCAUUCACUGUUAAUGGAGCCAGAGGAAAUCACAUGGACUUCGGUCAACUGUAUCAGUUCUUAAGUGCCAAAGGAUGUGGGGAUAUUUUCCAGAUGUUCUUUGGUGUGGAAGGACGGUGACUGAGCAGAGAAGUAAUUGGAAGUAUUUUGUCACUGUUAGCCAUUUGAUUUUUUCUCCCACUCUUUCUUGAAAUAUUAAGUAGUUUUAUUUUAGUUCCAUUCUAGAAUGCUGGGGGGAGGGGGAAACAAGAAAAAGUAGUGUAGCUGAAAUGCAUACGUUAAAAUUGUCAUGAUUGAAAGCAGAGAUGAGUUUCAAAUUAUAAUCUUAGAAUUGUUGAUAGAAGUUUCUUGACAUAUAUCUAAACUACACAUUUUGAAAGAGAAAUUAAUUUACAUAAAAGUAAUGUUGGUGGUAAGGGACUUGCCCCUUUCCCAACCCCCUUCUUUUUCGACCUCCACGAAAAAACCUGCAAAAAGCGGAUUGCUCAUUAUAGAGAUUCUGUUGCAGCUAUGGGUGGCCUUGGGACACAGUUUUGGCCUCAGGAUUUCUGGGUAAACUUUUGCCUUCUGAUUGAAGUGAUAGAUGCAGCUAGGCCACCUCUUCCCCCACUUCCUGCCACAAACACCGAAGUGAUGGCUGGAGCAGAAUUAAUUCUGUCAACCCCGGGAGAAGAAAUGCCACGAGAACCACAGUUCUCUUGCCGGUCCUUAUGUUGUUGAGCUGCUGAUCCAACACCAGCCCUUGCCUAUGUCUAAAUAUCUUAUCAUGAAAUAAACUAAUUUCGUUUACAUUUCUGUGCUUGUUACUAGCUGUCAAAACUAAUUUGUCACAUAGAUUUUUUUUCAAAGGUUUGGUUUUGCAGACCCCAGCCCUUUGAUAUAUAAACUAGUGAAGUUUUUCUUAAAUGGGGUUUGCAGUUCAUUUCUAUUUUUGUAUAGUUAUGCCUUCCCCUGCUCCUAGGCUUCCCUUAUAGAAGGCUGAGGCAUGAAUGGAGCUCAGCUUUUUUGACAGGCCUCAACAAUUCAUCAAAUUAGUAAUUUGGAGAAUUCCUUUUUUGCAAAUUGGAUUUUGGCAAAUUUUUCAUUCUGGAAAUGGCUUCAUGUAAAUUUAUUUUUGGCAAAUUGUCCUAGAGUGAAAUAAACACACUACCUGGUUUUUGAGGCCCUCCAUAAAUCAAUUCCAAAUGCACUUAUUAAAUAUUUACUAAUUGAUUGCAUGCAGGUUGGUUCCAUGUGUUGAAUAUUCCUUGAAGAGUCAGACUUGGUUGGGGGAAUGGGGUUGGGGUGAGACACAAUGUUUUGUUUAUCUUAGCAAAAAGUUAGAAGCAACCUAUGUGCCCAUAACUAAGUGAGUCAAUAAAUAAAAUAUAGUAUACACAGUAUUAUGUAAUACUAUGUAGAAGUCAGAAGGAAUAAAAAGAAUAUGGCAAUGUGGAUAGAUCUUAAAUAUAAAGGUGGUUAAACAUAAGUGAGAAUCAGAAUGGUGUUUAAAGCACAGAGCUCUAGGUUCUUCCCGGUGGUCUUGAUGGCAACAAAGACGUUGGUGGGCUGCAGGCAGGGGGCACACGCUAGGCAGGGGUCAGGGCGGGUGAGCUUAAAAAAUCUGAUUGUGAAAUAGAUAUGUAACGUUCACCCUAUUUGUCUUACUGUGAAAUAUUUACCUUGUACACAAAGGUAAAAAGGAUAAAACAAUGAACAGCCAUAAUCUUACCACCCAGUUUCAAAAA